AUGCAACAUGCACGACAAAAAUUCAAGCCCCUGAAAAAAGGCGAAUUCAAAUUGUAUUCAGGUGAGACUUUACAUAAUGGCCAGAUUUUCGUUGUCUCUCCUCACAUCCCUGAGUAG